AUCCAGUCGGAGCAGAAGACCAAGUAGAAAGAGAUGAGAAAAGUAGACAAACAAGCGCUCUUGUUCGUGACGACCACGUCAAGAAUCUUCAAAGUUCUUCAUCUUCAUCAACAAAUACAAAACGACCACUACUACUACGUCAACAACGUGACCUCCGUGAGGAACAUGAUGAGCAAGACCACUCCUUCAAGAGGACCUAUGAACAACCACUUCUCUGUCUAUGGUCUGUCGAUGAAGAAGAGCGAACUCCUUUUAUGCACCUAUGCAGUUCCGACGCGCUGGCGCCAGUAGUGGCGCAUGUACUCCGCGACGAGCGACUGUUUUGGCGAGCGCGCGUUGCAGCACAGGAUGCUGACGGGCUGACUGCGCUCCACCAUGCGGCGCGUAACGGUUGCAUGCAGAUCAGCGCACUUCUGAUGCUAGGACGCGUUCGCGCUGAUAGCUGCCAUCAUUUGUGGGAUGGAAGCUUGUUUCGCUAUCCUCCACGAAAGAAACAGAGGACCAUGCCUAUGUCACCGCUUGCACCAGU